AUGUCCACGGGCUCCAGCUGCGCCCCGGAGGAGCUGCCCCCCAUGGCCCUGCGCGGCCUGAAUUUGGGGUCCCCUCCCGGCCAGGACGAGGACGAGGAAGAAGAAGAAGAAGAGGAGGAGGAGGAGCUGUGCGCCCUGGGCGCAAGGAGCGGUGCCAAGAGGAAGAGGGCCCGGUCCGGCCCGGGGGGCGUGGGCAAGAAGCCCCCCAUGCCCAAGCCCCCUCCGGGGGAGGGCAAGCAGUCGCAGAGGAAUGCCGCCAACGCCCGGGAGAGGGCCAGGAUGCGGGUGCUGAGCAAAGCCUUCUCCAGGCUGAAGACCAGCCUGCCCUGGGUGCCCGCCGACACCAAGCUCUCCAAGCUGGACACGCUGCGCCUCGCCUCCAGCUACAUCGCCCACCUCCGCCAGCUCCUGCAGGACUCCCCCUUCGACGGCGGCUACGUGCACCCCGUCAACCUGACGUGGCCGUUCGUGGUUUCCGGAAGACCCGAGCAGGACCCCAAGGACGGCCCUGCCUCCACUCGACUCUGUGGAACGAGGGCUUAGCCCCCGGGCCCGGCCUCGUCUGGUGGUCCGCCUGCUCCCCACGUCCCCCCCGGGAGACCCUGGGGGGGGGGGGGUCCCGGAGGGUCCCCGGGGCACGUAGAUUUGCUAAUAUAUUGACAGCAAGGAGAGCCCAGACUCUGGAUUGAUGGAGA